AUGUCUCUCAAGGAUCUUAGACCAAUUGGACCAACAAAUAUACCAGUUUCAGGUAAAUUGAAUGAUUUACCUAAACUUUUACUCGGAGGUGCUGUUUUCAAUCAACAAUUUAAUGACAAUCCUGAAAAUUUACCUGUUGAAGAAAUGUUAAAAUUAGCAUUUAGUAAAGGUAUAAAUGGUAUUGAUACUUCACCAUAUUAUGGACCUUCAGAAAUCUUAUUGGGGAAUGCAUUGAAAAAUAUUAAACCUGAAUUUCCAAGAGAAAAUUAUUAUAUCAUUACUAAAGCUGGUAGAGUUAAACUUAAUGAUUUUGAUUAUAAGCCAGAAUCAAUCAGGGCAUCAGUGGAAAGAUCAUUGGAAAGAUUAGAUACAGAUUACCUUGAUGUUGUUUAUUUACAUGAUGUUGAAUUUGUUUCAGAAAAUGAGAUUUAUGAAGCUUUAAAAUUAUUAAAAUCAUUGAAAUCUAAAGGUGUGAUUAGACAUAUUGGUAUUAGUGGAUAUCCAGUUGAUUUCCUCUAUAAAAUUGCUAAAACUUCAGCAGAUCAUCCAGAAAUUGGUCCAUUAGAUGCCAUUUUAUCAUAUUCUAAUUUCAAUUUACAAAAUGAAAUACUCAGAGAUUAUAUUGAUAAAUUUUAUCAUGAUGCUCAUUUACAAAAAUUACUAACAGGUUCAAUACUUAGUAUGUCACUUUUAAGAUCUGGUCCAACACAUGAAUUUCAUCCAGCUUCAAAAGAAUUAAGAGACAAAUGUCAACAAGUUGCACAAUUAACAAAUUCAAAAGGUGUUGAAUUAGCUGAUUUAGCUACAAGAUAUGCAAUUAAAGAAUUUUUACCUUAUGGUCCUGUUGUAUUAGGUGUUAGUAAUCUAAAUGAAUUAGAAAAUGCAAUUGAUCAAUAUUGGAAUGCUGUUGAUGGUAAAAUUGAUGAUUCUGAAUUGGUUAAAGAAGUUAAACAAGCUUUUGGGAAACAUUUAAAUGAAACUUGGGAAUCUGGUAUUCCACAUUGA